AUGGCGGGUCUGUCCUUCCCCCCCACAGGCAUGAAGCGACCCCUGAGCCCAUCCCACAGCCCUGAGAGCGGUUUGAGGCUGCUGGAGGUGUCGAGCUGCCUGCCCGAGCAGCGCAUGAAGCGGGAGAAGAAGCACCAGUCGUUCACACUCUGCGAGGUCUGCAACAUCCAGCUGAACUCAGCCGCGCAGGCGCAGAUCCACUACAAUGGGAAGUCCCACCAGAAGCGCCUCAAGCAGCUCAACAAGGGCAAGAUGCCGGCGGCCCAAGUGGAGGGGCGGCGGGGCGGCCGGGUGGCCGUGCUGGUCAACAAGGUGCACCUGGUGCAGCAGCACUUGGAGAAGGAGUUCCACGUCCUGCGCGAUGCCUUCAAAGUGUCAGCGGUCAGCGGAGACAGCAGCCAUAAGUGCUUCUUCGGGCAGCUGGCGAAGGGCAGCGACGUGGUCAUCUGCACGGCGCAGAUCCUGCAGAACGCGCUGCUCAGCGGGGAGGAGGAGGCACACGUGGAGCUGACGGAUUUCUCCUUGCUGGUGAUAGAUGAGUGCCACCACACUCACAAGGAAGCCGUCUACAACAAAAUCAUGCUGAAUUACCUCCAGAAGAAGCUCGGCGGGCAGCGGGACCUGCCGCAGAUCCUGGGCCUGACAGCAUCCCCUGGCACCGGGGGGGAAACUUCCUUCGAAGGGGCUGUGAAGCACAUCCUGCAGAUCUGUGCCAACUUGGACACCGAGGUGAUCACAUCAGCGCGGGAGCACGCGCAGCACCUGCAGAGCCAUGUGCCCCAGCCCAGGAAGCAGUACGACCUGUGCCAGGAGAGAGCACUGGACCCCUUUGGCGAACGGCUGAAGAAGAUCAUGGCACAGAUCCAGGAGCACAUGGAGAUGCCCGGACUGCCACAGGACUUUGGCACGCAGGUGUACGAGCAGCGCAUCGUGGAGCUGGAGAACAGAGCGGCAGAGAGGUUUUGUCGCAAGACGCGGGUGUGCGCGCUGCACCUGCGCCGGUACAACGAUGCACUGCUGAUCAACGACACCGUGCGCAUGAUGGACGCCUUCCAGUGCCUGCAGCAGUUCUAUGCUGACGAGAGGGACACAAAGGACCCCACCGAGCGCUUCCUGGCCACCACCUUUGCGGAGAACAGGGCCACGCUGCUGGCGCUGGCUGGAGACCGGCGCUACGAGAACCCCCGGCUGAGCAAACUGGAGGAGAUCCUGCAGGAGCACUUCCAGCCCAUGAGGCUAUCUCGUGGCAUUGUCUUCACCAAGACGCGGCAGAGCGCACACAGCCUGCUCAGCUGGUUGCAGGACAUGGACGGGCUGUGCGGGCGGCACAUCAGGGCGGCCGUGCUCACCGGUUCCGGCUACAGCAACCAGGCCAAGGGCAUGACCCAGAAUGAGCAGCAGGACGUGAUCACACUGUUCCGCAGCGGAGAGCUCAACCUGCUCUUUUCCACCAGCGUGGCCGAGGAGGGCCUGGACAUCCCUGAGUGCAACAUUGUGGUGCGCUACGGGCUGAUGACCAACGAGAUUGCCAUGGUGCAGGCCCGGGGUCGUGCCCGUGCCCAGAACAGUGUGUACUCUGUCCUCGCCAAAGCCAGCAGCCGGGAGGUGUUCCGGGAGCAGCUCAAUGAGAACCUGGUGGAGCUCAUGGAGAGGGCCAUCAGUGCAGUGCAAGCCAUGCCUGAGAGGGAGUAUCGCCUGAAGAUCCUGGAGCUGCAGAGAAAUGCUGUUCUCAGCUGGCGAGUGAAGGAAGCCAGGAGCAGUGAGAGGCGGCAGCUGCACGACCCGGGUGACGUUUAUUUCCACUGCGUCAACUGCAACGUGGCCGUGUGCCGCGGCAGCGACAUCCGCACAGUGGAGGCCAUGCACCACGUGAACAUCAACCCCAACUUCAGGUUUUAUUAUACAGUCUCACCUGGGAAAAUACACUUCGAGCGGACGUUCAGGGACUGGGAGCCCGGGUGCCGCAUUGUGUGCAGUGAGUGCAGGCAGGAGUGGGGAAUGGAGAUGAUCUAUCGGAACGUGACCUUACCCAUCCUCAGCAUCAAAAACUUUGUGGUGGUGACCCCGGAUGAGAAGAAGAAGUACAAGAAGUGGAGCAGAGUGACGUUCCCCAUCGAGGAGUUCAGCUACCUGGAGUACUGCUCCAGCACCCAGGACGAAUCCCUGUAGAGCCGACCCACUCAGGGCUGCUCCCAGGCCACACCUGAGGCGAGGGGAACCUUUCCAUCACCACUGAGACAGGACAUCGCUUCAGGCCCCCGCAGGCGGGCUGCACCUCUCUGCUCUCCGCAGCCGCAAUCGUGCGGGACUGACCGCAGAACUCCGCUAAAGGACUUGCGGUACCGGGACGGGGCAGCGCCGCGCCCCCGCUGCCGGUCAGCGGCUCCCGUCCCCGCAGUGCUGGAGCUGCUCCCGCGGCGCCGCAUCCGCGCAGCGAACCGACGGCCCGCGUCUGCUUUGUGAAGUCGGGCGUCCUGCGUUGUCAAGGCGCGUGGUGGGUACCUGGAAAGCGCUGUGCUGCCUCUUCUAUCGUGCGAGCUGGGCUCGGGGCAAAGAACGCGUCGCCCUGUUCGCGCUCCCACCCCGCUCCUCCUCCCCGGCCCGCCCCGCUGCGCUCUCCCGUCGGCGGUCGCUAGAGGGAAGUCCGCUCCCGUUCCGCUGCGGGCGCUGUGCGGGGCCGCCCCGGGGCUUCGGCUUUGUUCGGGAGCAGCGGCCGCCGUGGGGCUCAGCCCAAAUUCAGGCGGGGGUCCCUGGGGGCAGCGCGAAGCCGCGCUCCCGCUCCGCAGAAACCGGGUAAUGAGGCCGCGUGAGUUAUUUGGAGCUCUUUGUGGGCUGCGGUGCCCUCUCCGCAGGAUAAGGCCCCUCUGCGGGGACCCCAGAUCGUUUUGCUAAGCACUAAUUGCCCUGAUUCGUGCUUGGAGAAUCCAGGCUGUGAGUUAACCUGAAGGCGCCUGCGGCACUGACCUCUCAGUCUGCAUGGAGCCGGCUGUUCCCUUAUCCUCUUUGCUCCUUCAAACCGAAGCUUCUGCAACGUUGCCCAAAGCUUCCCCAUCUUUAGAGGUGCAGCAGACCCCGUGGGAUAUGGGACCACGAGAGCGUUGCGAUGGGCUGUGUGGGGUUUGGAGGCAGCUCAUGGUCUGCAUCCAACCUCUGCUCCUUCCUCCCAUCCCUGCUUUACCCCCAGCCCUGUCUGGCUGCCCCCUCCGUGGAGCUCGGGCACCUUGGGUGCAAUGGCAGAGGGCAGCUGAGCUACAGUGAUUGCUGCUGUGACCUUGGCUGGACCUUCAGAGCCAUCGUCCUUCAGAGGGAGAAGUCUGUACCCUCCCUCCCCCCGGCAGUUCUGCCCUACAUCCUCCUGGUGCCGGGGCAGCCAGCUCCGGGUGGGGCGGGGGGCUCCUCCCCUCCCAUCGGCGGUUCAGGUCACUCCCACACCCGCCUGGUCUGCAGCGUACUCGUGCUCUGACCUCAGAGCCACAGAGACGCGGUGGGCUGAGGGUCUCCAUUCUCCAGGCCCACGUCCCCCUGCCACCUCCUUCCUUGUGCAGCCCAGAGCCGGACAGGCUUCUCCUGUGAUUAAAACAGACUGAGAGCCCCACUUCAUCACUACAAUUGCCUGUCGAUAUGCAGGCAUUAGCGAGGGCUGCUGGACCAGUCCUUGUGCACUGACACAUCCCUGUCAAUAACCCCUGGAUUUAAGCCCAUGGCUCGGAGCAUCUUUGCUUAUCUCAGCUCCCCAAAGCACUUACGUUCCCGGCCAUCAUAACUCCCUGCCUGUAAGCACAGUCAGGCACCAUUAGACCCGGAGCAAACAGCUGCUGCAGCAAAUUCUGUGGCUAAAAGUGCUAUGAAGGUGUUUUCUACCUGCUCCGUUGCAGGUGAGUUCCUGCAGCCCAGCAGGUGAGGGCUCUCUAUGGGGUGGGCUCACGGUGCAGGAGCGUCCUGCAGCAGUGCGUGCCCACAGAGCUCUCCUGAUCGAGGACAAUGCAAGGAUUUAUUUUUAUUCAUCCCAUUUCAUUUAUCUCUGGCACAUCACAGAGCGACAAUUCACCUCUCAGUGCACCAGCUGCAAAAAGCUCUGCUCCCUCUGCCUGGAAGCGUCUCAGAUUGGCCCUUCCUGAGGCCGGGUGUUUAACAGAGACUUACGGCUCAAUCUAUUUAGCUUAUCGAAAAGUAGCCUGAGAUGUGCCUUGAGUGCAGUGUACAAGCACCUUCCUGGGGAGAAAAGUGCCAGGUAUUAAAAGCCCUUUAACUUUGCUGAGUGAGGAAUAAUGAGAACCGAAGGGUUGGAGAUAAAGUCAGACAAAUGGAAACUCAGAACCUGCAGGUCUGCAGCCAGAGGGGCGCUGGGGGGCCUCUCUGAGUGCAGUGCUGGGCUGGGCAGCUCCGUCCCUCUGCCCGGUGCUGGCAGAUGAUGGGCAGCAGCAGGGCUGGGCUGGUGGCACCGGUGGGCACAGGGGGCGAGGGGCUGAGCUUUGCUUUCCAGCGCACCCGAAGCUCCUGCACUCUGCUGAGCCUGGGAAUGCAGAGGUGACCUUUCCUGGGGCAGCCAGAACGAGGGAAAUCUCUGCAGCAGGGGAAAUUCCAGGCUGAUGGAAAGCGUGCAUCGUGGUGCAACUCCAACCCCAAAAUCAAGUGCCUCUCUUCUCUCUGCUUGCUCCCCUCCUUCCACAUGUGCAGUGGGGGCAAGAGGGGCUGCAGGCCCCGGUAGGCACCCCGAGGAGCCCCAGGAGCUGCUGCUGAAGGGCCGUAGCAGAGCUCAAUUUGCUCCCUGCAGUUCCUGUGUGCCCAGGCUCAGCUGCAGCCGGCGGAGCAUGAAGCAGCUUUGCAGGUGCAAAGGCAAAUCUGCCUGCCUGGCAGCUCCCAGAUUUCAGAGCCAGGGCACAAUGACACAGCUCUGCUCCAACCGCUGCGGUGCUGCCAGCUUUAUCCCAACCUUCCUCUCCACCUGCCAUCACUGCACCACAGCCAGCACUGCGUGCAGCGCUGCCCCCUCGGCUGCUAUUGAAGAAAUAAAAUUAAAGGAAAACUCUCAUCCUGGCCACGCGUUGGACAAAAAGGAGCGGUGUGGCUCCAGCCCUGUGCUUGGGUGCCUUCAUAGAGGGGUGUUUCCAGGGCAGAUCUGCACCUGCAGAUGGUCGGUGCCUCAGCAGAGCAGCGCAGGCGGCUGUGGUGACCAGAGAUAACGGCUGGAGUCCGCACAGCCCGGGGCUCUGGAGAGGACCAGGAACACAAAGCAAAAAUAUCAAAUAAUUCCCAAACAACAUUUCAUGCACUAAAUAUCUGGGCUGUGAUUCUGCUGAGACCUGGCUUUAUAAUUGGAUCUGUCAAAAACCCAUCACACUUAAUGUGCAGCUGUCACCAAAUGCUUUCAUGCCGCACCUCAAGGCUGAUGCUGGAUUCCCCCUCUCCUGUCCCCUUCGUGGGCUGGAUCCAUCCUGGGAGCCUGGAGCUGCCCAGCCAGCAGAGCCUGUGCUGGUGACCCAUUGCAGCUCCUGCUGGCCUCAUCACAUCAUCUCCCCCCCGAGGAAAGCUCAGGAAAACCCCAGAAGUGCACUGGGCUCUCGUCCCAGUAAACCCACCUGAGUUCCACCAGGCAAGGAGCAGAAGGUGUAAUGGGGAUGUUCUGUGUAUUGACACCAUUCAUGAGCUGAUGCAAAUGAGCUUUGUAUAUCACUGCAUUCCUGAUUCAUUGUUUGCAGGAGAAGGACAGAAACGUGUUCCUUCAAACUGUGCUUUGCAGGGCCCAGCCCUGCAGACCCCUGGCUCCCUGCCCACCAUAAAUUAGGGGGAUCCCUGGAAGGUGCUGAGACUGGGAGCAGUUCUGCUGGGAUGGGAUGGAAUGGAAUGGGGAUGAGAUGAGGAUGGGGAUGGGGAUGGGAUGGGGAUGGGGA